CACUACCUCAUACUACACCUGGUGUUAAGGCGUUCGGCCGCUCUCAGACCAGUUACGGACGACAUACUGGAUCACCUCUUGGAGAUUUCUCGACGCCCGGAGGGAGUCUAUGUCUGAGAUCCCUCUACACAAGCUCAGGCACCCCAGAAAGCUAUCUAAAGUCGGCUACGAGCGUCUCUCGAACGGCGCACCUUCACCCAACGGUGACGAACCCGGGUCUCCGAGCGACGGCAUGCCUCUGAGUCCGCGCGCCGCGGCGUCAGCACGGCGGAAAGGUAAGCGGAGAGAGCGUUACGCUGACGAUGCGGACCAUCCGGACGAGCAGGCGGGUCUCUUGGGUGACGAGGAGGACGGAGAGUUCAGAGACGACGAAGACCAGGAGCAGAGGGAUCAUAGGGGGGAACCUUCAACGCCACGUUCACCGUGGUCGCGCAAGUUCAAGCCACCACAAGACAAGUCGAGAACAGUGCCGUUCAGACCACCAGAGAAGCAGCGCAACCGCUUCCCGGCGAAUAUCGUCCGCAACCAAAAGUACAAUGCCUUCACCUUCCUCCCGAUUGUAUUCUAUGAACAGUUCAAAUACUUCUUCAACCUAUAUUUCCUACUGGUCGCACUAUCCCAAUUUAUACCCGCGCUCAAGAUUGGAUUCAUCGCGACCUAUGUUGCUCCCCUUGCCUUCGUCCUAUUCGUGACCAUGGGCAAAGAAGCGUUUGACGACUACAAGCGGAAUCUCCGGGACCGCGAAGCAAAUUCCGCGCGCUACCUCAUCUUCACGCCGCCUACCACCAUCUCCAGGUCCUCGUCUUCCGAUUUAGACCGCGACGAUGGCCCGCAUACACGCUCAGUUCCGUCUUCUGCGCUACGUGUGGGCGAUCUCGUCUUGCUGGAGAAGAACCAGCGCGUUCCCGCUGAUCUGGUCUUAUUGCGCACCUCGGACUCGUCAGGGACUUGCUUCAUCAGGACCGACCAACUUGACGGCGAGACGGACUGGAAGCUGCGCGUCGCAGUGCCCACGUGCCAGAAGCUGCCGUCCGAGCGGGAGCUCAUGGACCUUGACGCGGAGAUCUAUGCGGACGCGCCCACGAAGGAUAUCCAUACGUUCAUUGGCACGUUCACGAUCAACUCACCCCGGUCUGCCGACGACGACGAUGUACCCAUGGUCCAGGUACCUACCGUCGAGCCCCUCAGUGCGGAGAAUGUUCUGUGGGCGAACACUGUCCUUGCGGCUGGCUCUGCUGUUGGAUUCGUCGUCUACACUGGCCCUGAGACACGUGCAGUCAUGAACACGAGCCACCCUGAGACGAAGGUGGGUUUACUAGACUUGGAGAUCAACCGACUCGCCAAGAUUCUGUGCGCGGUGACUUUCGCUCUGUCGUUCGCUCUUGUUGCUCUGAAUGGCUUCCGUGGACUGUGGUAUAUCUACAUUUUCCGCUUCCUCAUCCUAUUCUCGUCCAUCAUCCCGAUCAGUCUACGCGUGAACCUGGACAUGGGCAAGACGGUGUACGCGCAACAGAUCAUGAAGGACAGUGAGAUCCCAAAUACGAUCGUCCGUACAAGUACGCUGCCCGAGGAACUCGGCCGCAUAGAGUAUCUGCUCAGUGACAAGACCGGGACCCUGACGCAGAACGAGAUGGAGAUGCGCAAGCUGCACAUGGGUACUGUGUCGUACGGAUAUGACUCCAUGGACGAGGUUGUGCAUCAGCUUGCCGUAGCCUUUGGAGCAUCUUCAGAACAAGCGCACAAACGCAUAGGCUCUACCACAACGGGUGCGCAGCUUGCCACGAGGGGGCGUCGAGAUAUGUCCUCUCGUGUGCAUGAUGUCGUUCUCAGCCUUGCUCUUUGCCAUAAUGUCACUCCGGUAACGAACGAUGACCGCACCGUGACUUAUCAAGCGUCUUCUCCGGACGAAGUAGCGAUCGUCAAGUGGACUGAGUCCGUCGGCUUAACACUCACGUAUCGCGACCGCACGCGGAUCGAAUUGCAGACGCCCUCCGGUUCCCGCAUCACUUACGACGUGCUCGACCUCUUCCCGUUCACUUCUGAGUCUAAGCGCAUGGGCAUCAUCGUACGCGACAUCCAGUCGGGCGAAAUCACCUUCCUGCAGAAGGGUGCCGAUGCUGUCAUGGCGCGUAUCGUACAGCGGAACGACUGGCUUGAGGAAGAGUGCGCGAACAUGGCCCGUGAGGGUCUCCGGACGCUUGUCAUGGCGCGCCGCAAGUUGAGCGAACAAUCGUACGCACUCUUCAAGGAGCGCCACCACCAGGCAAGCAUCAAGCUCGAAGGUCGGAAUGAGGCCAUGACUACUGUGGUGUCGGAACUGCUCGAACGCGACUUGGAGCUGCUCGGUCUGACUGGUGUCGAGGACAAGCUGCAAGACGAGGUCAAGUCAACACUGGAGUUGUUGCGGAACGCUGGCAUCAAGAUCUGGAUGUUGACGGGUGACAAGAUUGAGACUGCGACGUGUAUCGCGAUAUCGACGAAACUUGUCGCGCGGAAUCAGUACAUCCAUCAAGUUGCGAAAUUGAAGACGGCGACCGAAGUUCGAGACCAGCUGGAGUUUCUACAAAACAAGCUGGAUUGUUGUCUUGUGAUCGACGGGGAGUCUCUGCAGCUGUGUCUGAACUUGUUCAAGAACGAGUUCAUCGAGAUCGCCACGAAGCUCUCCGCUGUCGUAGCAUGUCGUUGUUCGCCUACCCAAAAGGCUGAUGUGGCACGCUUGAUCCGGCACCACACCAAGAAGCGUGUUUGCUGUAUUGGCGACGGAGGCAACGACGUCAGCAUGAUUCAGGCUGCAGAUGUUGGCGUCGGUAUUGUUGGCAAGGAGGGGAAACAAGCAUCUCUUGCUGCCGAUUUCUCCGUCACCCAGUUCAGCCAUCUUACGAAGCUUCUCCUUUGGCACGGGCGCAAUUCGUAUCGUCGCUCCGCGAAGCUCGCCCAGUUCGUCAUCCACCGUGGACUUAUCAUCUCCGUGAUGCAGGCUGUGUUCUCUGCAAUCUUCUACUUCGCGCCUAUAGCACUUUACCAGGGCUGGCUGAUGGUGGGAUACGCUACUGUGUAUACGAUGGCGCCUGUCUUCUCCCUGGUGCUGGACCGGGACGUCAAUGAAGAUCUCGCCUUGCUGUAUCCGGAGCUGUACAAAGAGCUUACGAAGGGUCGGGUGUUGUCGUUUAAGACGUUCUUCAUGUGGCUCAUGAUCAGCGUCUACCAAGGUGCCGCGAUUAUGAUCAUGUCCCUCGUGUUAUUUGAGAACGAGUUCCUGAACAUCGUCUCAAUAUCAUUUACGGCGCUGAUCCUGAAUGAGCUCAUCAUGGUGGCAUUAGAGAUAACGACAUGGCACGUCUACAUGGUGAUUUCGGAGGUCGUGACGUUGUUCUUCUAUGUCAUCAGUAUUGCGUUCCUCCCUGAGUACUUCGACCUCACCUUUGUCAUCUCGGUGCGAUUCGCUUGGAAAGUCGCAGUGAUUGUGGCAAUCAGCGCAUUCCCUCUCUACAUCAUCAAACUUAUCCGUAGUCGAAUAGCACCAGCAGCAUCUAGCAAACUGCUGUAAUUUAUGCCUUGCUUAUGGAAUUACGCGGAGAUACGAUC